GAUAUAUUCAAAGACUCAGAAGAGCAUCAAAAUCUCAGAGAUUUUUCUGCGAGUCUACUAAGGGUUUGAACUUUGAACCGAUGGAUUAACCUUUCCGGCUAAAAAUCAGGUCGAUCCGAUAUUUAGUUGCUCCUGAUGAUCCAAGUCGUUUAUUUAGUUGCUCGAUGAAUUUAUAUCUCAUGCUAGAAAUCAAGUCGAUCCAAUAUUAAAGAAGACUUGUUCGAAUCUUAUUCGUCUCACGAUAAAUGCAUGGUCAAAAUAUUAUCAUUCAUUUGUCUUGUGACACGCGUUUUGCUCAGAAAACCAUUGAAUCAUCGAUGUCCACUUGACUUGAUUUUCUGCAAAAUGCUUACACCGAACAUACGUCGAAGCCUAUAAAAUGACUGACGCGGAUUGUCGGAAAAACUCACAACCAUUCUUAUUUCGCGCCGUAUAAUGGAUCGUCACAUGAAAAGAUGUUGAUUCCAUUAAUCCACCACGCCCACAUUUAACAAGUGUGUGCUCUGUGCAAUUUACGGUGCAAACAUGUCAAACAUGCAGCACUAACUCUGCGCACGUGUGGGAAGAAUCUCAUUCCCACGCGUCAAAAUUGCCUCCUUUUCCCUCCAGUCGUCUUCAGAUUAUCCUUGUCCUUCCCAAUCCGGGAGGUAAAUAAAACCAAGAACAACUUCAAACAACCCAACCGAAUUAAACCCUCUGUCAAUAAUUCGUUCACUCACCGUAAACCAGUCGAAUUUUCCGGCCACCGAUCGGGAAUGGUUUCGCCUGAGAACACCAAUUGGCUGUUCGAUUACGGCUUGAUCGAGGAUAUCGCUGUCCCUGCUUCCAAUUUCGGUGCUCCCAAUUCUGGGUUUAGCUGGGCCAUGCAGCCCUUGAACGGUCCCUCUGAUGUUGGUUAUGAAAACGAUGGCUCGUUUGGGUAUUCAGACAAUCACAGGGAAACCGGCUCAAAAAAGAGGGCAAGAUCGGAAUUGUCGGGUGCAUCAAGUUCCAAAGCAUGUCGGGAGAAGUUGCGGAGGGAUAGGCUAAAUGACAAGUUCAUUAAAUUGGCUUCUAUCCUUGAGCCCGGGAGGCCACCCAAAACAGACAAGUCUGCUAUUUUGGUUGAUGCCGUCCGAAUGGUGACACAUUUAAGGGGGGACGCUCAAAAGUUGAAGGAUUCGAAUUCGUGUCUACAGGAUAAGAUCAAGGAGUUGAAGGCUGAGAAGAUUGAGCUUCGGGAUGAGAAGCAGAGGCUGAAGGCCGAGAAAGAGAGGUUGGAGCAACAGCUAAAGACCAUGAAUGCCCAACCCAGGUUUAUACCUCCACCUCCCGCAAUCCCGGCUGCUGCUUUUGCUGCUCCAGGCCAAGCUGCUGGCAACAAAAUGGUGCCUAUCAUUAGCUACCCUGGAGUCGCCAUGUGGCAGUUCAUGCCUCCUGCUGAGGUGGAUACCUCACAGGAUCAUGUUCUCCGCCCACCAGUUGCCUAAUUGGAAGCCCAAGCCUGAAAUUGUAAUGGGUUUCCACUGUAACUCUAGCGCUCGUUUUAGUUUGUCAUCGCUCUCGUCUGUUUUAGUUUUGAAGCUGCAUUUGAUGGUUAUGGAAAGCUUGCUAUUUUGGAUCUUGCACAAA